AUAAACACCUUUCACAAGCUGCUCUGUACAUCUCCUCAUUUUUAUGUAUCCCUACAGUGGAGGUGGAGUGUGCAUGUCCCACAAAGCCACAGUAGACAUUAAUUAAUGAGAGAUAUAUGAGGUUGAAAUGAACAGAACUCUCCUUUAAGGACUGUAAGUUCAAGAAACCACAUCUCUGGUAGGUUGAGCUGCUGUGUGGUCAAUCGUACAGUGACAUCUUCCUUGUGUUGUGCUUGCCAGCGUUUACAGGGGUCAAAAUGCAACUUCACUUUCUUCAGUGCAACAAUGGACAAGCUGCUUCAGAUAUUCCCACCCGUUCCAGAUGUUUUAGAACCCAGGCCUCACCGCUGCAGGACGUGUGCUGUGGUGGGAAAUUCUGUAAAUUUGAAGGGAUCACAUUAUGGACCUCUGAUAGAUUUUCAUGAUAUUGUAAUAAGAAUGAACCGUGGUCGUACUACUGGCUAUGAAGCAGAUGUUGGGACCAAAACAACCCAUCAUGUCUUCUACCCAGAGAGCGCUACUUCGCUGGCAAACACCACUUAUCUUUUGUUUUUUCCAUUCAAGAUAAGCGACUUUCUGUGGCUCCUCAACAAACUUGAUCCAGAGUUGUCAUUAAUGAAUUUUACCUCUAGCAGGGAAGGCAGUGCUGUGAACUCAAAGAGGAUAGCUAACAAGGAUCUGGUGAUGAUCCUCAAUCCAGCUUUCAUGAGGUAUGUUCAUGACGCUUGGCUGGGACAGAGGGGCUACUAUCCAUCCACGGGCUUUCUGACUUUUGCACUCAGCUUGCUGAUUUGUGAUGAGGUCAACGUUUUUGGGUUUGGAGCAGACAGUGAUGGAAACUGGAACCACUACUAUGAACAACACAAAUACAAAGACCUACAAACUGGAGCCCAUCCUGGAACAUUUGAAUAUCAAACUAUUGAGAAAUUACAUAAAAGACAAAUGAUCGAAUUUUUUAAAGGAUGGUAAUGGUUUUUUUUCUUUUUUCUUUGAAUAGCAUACACAUGAGCAGCACAAAAUGAGCAGCUUUGGUCUUUUCACAUCUACACAUGGAGGGUUUUAUUUUUAAGUUGUAUAGUAUGAAGUCCCGUAUGAUGCUUAGUGUAAAAUAUACAGUUGACUAAAACAGCUGUACUAAGCCAGCAGCUAUGGAUGUUUUUGUGUGUGUUGGUUCAGUAUCUAUUCCAUUCUGGUCUAAAAUGUUCAUUUUUCUGAUUCACUUGGUUAUUUGACUUCAAAAAUAGCAAUUUAAAUAAUAAUAAUAGUAAGCAUGAGGGGAUUUGGACUGUGACAUGUGACCUUGUUAAACAUAUCAUUGGUCGUAA